AUGGAACAACGAGUGGUCGGAGUACUUGGCGCUGGCCAGCUCGGUCGCAUGUUUGUUGAGGCAGCGGCUCGACUCAACGUUCAGGUCAGGUUGCUUGACGUUGGAGAUACGGCCCCAGCCAAGCAGAUCAACUACGCUCCCGGUUCCGACGGCAAGUCGCAGCACAUUGAUGGCAGCUUUGCUGACCCGGAAAAGAUCCGCCAACUCGCUUCGCAGGUCGAUGUGCUCACGAUCGAGAUCGAGCAUGUCGAUGCUACCCAGCUUCAGAAGGUGCUCGACGACAAGCUUGUAGAUGCCGUGCACCCUCUUCCUUCCACGAUCGCACUCAUUCAGGACAAGUAUCUGCAAAAGGUCCAUCUCGCCGGCGAGGGCUUGCCUCUUGCAGAGUACCUCGCUGCUGGACCCGAAGACAUGUCCAAGGUCACCGAUGUCGCCCAAGCUCGUUCGGCUCAGAUCGCCGCCGUUUCCGAGAUCGGCAAGGAAUUCGGCUUCCCGCUCAUGCUCAAGUCGAGAACACAAGCUUACGAUGGCAAGGGUAACUAUGUCGUCAAGUCAGCUGACCAGGCCGAAGCUGCUGUGGCAGCGCUCGGCGAUGGCAAGCGUGGUCUUUACGCCGAAAAGUGGGCCCCCUUCGAACGCGAAGUAGCUGUCAUGGUGGUGCGCAGUGCAACAGGUCAAGUCAGAGCGUAUCCUGCUGUAGAGACAGUGCACAAAAACAGCAUCUGCCACACUGUCUUUGCACCACUACGAACUGCGGAUCCAGGUGUGGAGGCGCGUGCACGAAAGAUCGCAGAGGAGGCAGUAGCAACAUUCGGUGGAGCAGGUGUCUUUGGUGUCGAGAUGUUCCUGAUGCCCAACGGCAAGCUUUUGAUCAACGAAAUCGCACCACGACCUCACAACUCGGGCCACUACACCAUCGAGGCCGCCGAGACGAGUCAAUACGAGAACCACGUUCGAGCUAUUCUCGGUCUGCCGCUCGGAAGUACGGCUCUCAAGGUUGCUUCGGCUGCCAUGAUCAACAUUCUCGGCUUGGCCGACUCGGACAAGGAUGGUGAGGCUGUUGCAAAGACACUUGUGCCUGCUGUUGUCAGCCUCGAGGUUGCAGGUACGACAUGUCACCUAUACGGCAAAGCAGGCUGCCGCAAAGGAAGGAAGAUGGGUCAUAUCACGAUUGUCGGUCAAAGCGAUGCUCAGGUUCGAUCUCGUCUGCGUAUUGUCGACGAGGCGCUGGAAAAGGCAACUCAACUCGCCGAACAGGGCGGCAAGCUUGCUUGCGAACUCACCCUUGCCGGUGUCGUUGCUCUCAGCGCUUCCGGCUCGACAUCAUCAUCUUGUUGCUCUUCCAGCAAACCAUGGACCAAGUCGGCUGCCGACUUUUCUCACCCUCAACCCUUGGUGGGCAUCAUUAUGGGCUCAGAUAGCGACUUGCCCGUCAUGAUGGCUGCUGCCGAGAUGCUGAAAAAGUUUGACGUUCCUUUCGAGUUGACGAUUGUCAGUGCGCACCGCACGCCGGACCGGAUGCGUAACUAUGCACGCAGCGCACCAGCACGUGGGCUGCGCGCCAUCAUUGCCGGCGCCGGCGGGGCGGCUCAUUUGCCAGGCAUGGUGGCUGCACAGACCGCUUUGCCGGUCAUCGGUGUUCCCGUCAAGGGCAGCACAUUGGACGGUGUUGACUCUCUGCACAGCAUUGUUCAGAUGCCUCGUGGUAUCCCUGUUGCGACGGUGGCGAUCAACAACAGUACAAACGCUGCAUUGCUUGCUAUUCGCAUCCUCGGUGCAGCUGAUCCAGCCUACUUGAUCAAGAUGCAGAACUACAUGGAGGAGAUGGAGAAGCAAGUGAAUGGCAAGAUUGAGCGUCUUGCGCACGAUGCAUGGGACUACACGCUCAAGAAGUAG